ACCGCACAACAGCUUAUUAACUUUAAUCCUAACUCUAAUUGAAUCUACACUCGCUCAAACUACACCAUGAAGUUUCUCGCUGCCGCCACACUCUUCGGCUUUGCUGCCGCCGCCGUUGAGACCGUCACUAUCUUCAACUUCGUUUACAGUGGCGUCAAUGGCUACCCCGAAAUCUCCUUUCAACUUUCUGUUGAUGAAGUGAUGUGCGCAGCAGACAACUACACCAUCGUUUCACUCGGCAACCCAUGCGAUAAGCCCGAGUGGACUUUCGACAUUCUUGAGGAACUGGGCCGCCAGAUUCGCUUGCACCAUACCGUUGACGGGGUCACUCACACUGGUGAUUUUGCUAUUCUCCUGAACGGUCCUAUCCCUACCUUACUCGGCCAGGUUGGUAAUUCCACUGCCGACCUCGACAAGGUUACAUCCUAGAAAGUUAUCAACCAUAGAUAUCCUAAUAUAAUGAGAAUCCAUUACCCUUCUU